AUGGACAAUCUAGACCAUUGCGACGAUCAAUGGUCCACUAUCCUGGAGAGAUACCCCUACAUCUCCACCCCACAAGCAACACCGCGGACCUUCCCAGGCCACUCUGAAGGGGUCCAUGUGCCCGGAGCAUACGUUCCAGCCACUCCGUCCAUGUCCAUGAGCGCACCUUUCACCCCAGCGACAGGAUCCUCUGGAAACACUCCGUACAUUCUGUAUACUCCCCUCUCUAUAUCGAGCUCAACGCCCGCCUACUACACUCCUCAGCCCACUUAUCCUGUGCCUCCCCACAUGGUUCCCGCAUUUGCUCAGCCUCAGCCUUAUUCCCCGGUGUCUCACGCCCGCACGACCUCAUUCCAGGGAGAGUCACCCCCAGGAACAUGCGCCGAGGACGCAGACAAGGAGCCUCCGUCGCCCUCUCCCUCCGCUGCGGGCCCUAGCUGCAACUUCGGAGGCUUAUCCCACGCCGGAAGAUUCAAAUGCGAGUGGAAAGGCUGCAGGUACAACGGCGCUUUUGGUCGCUGGGCAGAGCUGAAACGCCACAUCGAGACCAAGCACGUCUACCCGAACCAUUUCCAGUGCUACCGGUGCAAGAAGCAGUAUAACAGGAAGGACAAUCUGGAAGAGCAUUGCAAAAAAGCACAUCCACAUGACCCGUGA